AUGCAGGUGGCACAGCAGAUGCAGUCUAUUCAGGAAGCCGUGAAAAAGCCCGAGAUUGCGGCUCAAGUGGAACAGAUGACAGCUGCUAUGCAAGACCAGCAGCUUCAGCAGCGCAUUGCCCAGCUCAAGGACGACCCCGAACUUGCCGGAAUGUUCGAAGAUAUACAGAAGAACGGGAUGGGGGCUCUCAUGAAGUACUGGAACGACCCUGCGACUCUUGCAAAGAUUGGUGAGCGGAUGGGACCCGUAGAGGCUGGCGCGGGGCCGGCCCCAGCGGCACCUGCAGCCCAGGCACAGGCAGCACCUGCGGCCAGCAUGCCAGAGAUCAAUAACCUGCUGGACGCAGCAAAGCAUGGCGAUCUUGAAGCGGUGCAAGACUUCAUCGCCAUCGGUAAGGACGUCAAUGAGCGCGAUGGAGACGGCCGAUCGGCGCUGCACUAUGCCGUCGCUUACUCCCAUGCAGACAUAGUCGAAGAGCUGGACUCCAAGAAGAACACGCCACUGCAUUAUGCGGCCGGCUAUGGGCGCAGUGCGCUCGUGAGGCAGCUGCUUGAAGCUGGCGCCAAAGCUGCUGCGGACAAUGCCUCUGGCCAGUCAGCACUGGACCUUAGCACCAUUGACAUGAUGAAGAAUUGGGGUGCAGCUCGGGAAAUGAAGCAGCAGGGAAAACAAUGGUCCAAUCCCUAUGACCUGGGACCUGUUGCCAAUUGGCAGGAUGCUUUUGAUGUGCAUGGCCGAUUCUGGUGGAUCCUGUGGCUUGCACCCACGCUGCGAGUGAGGAGCGGCAAUGGGGUGGUCUCACCAGCAAAGCCCGGCAGUGAGCAGGGAGCCAUGCUGAACGACAUGCAGAUCAUGGAAGCAAGGGAGCGCUUCAUGCAUCAGAUGCUGUGA